AUCGCCGAACCGUGAGAUCCAAUCCAACGGCGACCGCCAACAUCUUCCCCCCAGCACUCCAUCGCCCGCCGCCCGCAGACCUCCCUCCUCCGGCGACCGGCCGCCCCUCGCUGCCAGAUCGGCGCCCCCCACGCCAUCCCCGCCUGCCCCCCCGGCAGAUCUACUACGCGGGCGCUGCCCCACCCCACCCGGCCGACGCCGGUCAUCCCUAGCCACGAUACAUAAUAGAUCAGUCUCUUGUUGGGAAGUGCGAUUAUUUUAUUUCCAAUAGAUAGUUUGCUUUUGAGAAAUGGAAUCAUUUUAUCGUCAAUAAGAAUUCUGCUUCUGGGAGCUGGUGAAGAUGACUUGUGCAUAGAUCGAGCUUCAGUCUGAUGGAUUCUGACGACAAGAAGUUUGGCAAAGGACCUAGGGAGCUCACUGGUGCUGUUGAUUUAAUAAGUCAGUACAAAUUGCAGCCGCACCAUGAUUUCUUUUGCAAGAGGCCUUUGCCACUUGCAAUCUCAGAUACACAUUACCUUCACAAUGUUGUGGGGGACACUGAAAUUCGGAAAGGAGAAGGAAUGAAGCUAGAUCAACUCGUUCAGAAUGCAUACUUAAGGGAUAAGCCUGCUUAUAUUAAGUCCUUUGAUAUGGAAACACUGGGGCAAGCAUUUCAGCUUCGAGAAACUGCUCCAGUAGAUUUACCCUCUGCUGAAAAAGGUAUACCUACUAUUUCGGGCAAACCGAAAAGUGAGUCCAAGGACAAAGAGAAAAAACACAAAAAGCACAAAGACAAAGAUAAAGACAGGGAGCAUAAGAAGCACAAACAUCGACAUAAGGAUCGGUCUAAAGACAAAGACAAGGACAAGGAUAAGAAAAAGGAUAAGCAUCAUGAGAAGAAGAGGAAGCAUGAGGGGACGGAGGAUUCGGCAGACGUGCAUAAGCACAAAAAAAGCAAGCAUAAGAGUUCCAAAACCGAUGAGAUGGGUAAUGGACUUAGUUAGCUACAGUUUUCUUCUUACUUCUAUUGUCAAUCAAUGUCAUAUUCUGUUAGAAGGAGGCUCAAAAGGUUUCUGUCACCAGACCUGCUACAGAUCAAUUGGUACGUGCUUCUUGAACAAAUAUUUGUUGUUGGGUAGAUGCAUAUAUUGAUUAUUUUGUAUUGCUUUUCUUAAUUCUUUGUCUUUUGGUGAAACAUGAAUUGAAAUGUUUCAGAUUUAAGCUGCAUAGUGAGCUUCUGUUUUUAAGUCAACCUAAGAGUUUUAUUUUGUUGUUUGGAGCCUAAAUGAUGAAUAUUUUAACCUUUGGUGAAUUAUUUAUUAGUCAUUCAAGAGAAUAGGAUCUGCCUUUUGCCCGCCUUUGUAAAUAUUAGUCUCAUUUGAUUUUAUCUGCAUCUGUACAGUAUGUGAUGUUAGGGACGAUUGCACUGACAUUCCUUUAUGUCCACUGUCAGUUUUGGACCUGGGCCAAUUUCAUUUCUUAAGUCUCACUUAACUUGAGAAGUUUACUCAGAUAUUUCCUUUGAUUGGCAUAUCUAGUGGUAUUAAUAUAUCAGUCAUGAUGGGCUUGCUGACUUUCUUUACUACUAUAUGGCAGGAUCUGGUUAGGCCUGACUUGCACCAUAAAUUCAUAAUGUAGUCACUAGUCGUAUAUUGUUUUCAGUUUACCAACACUUUGACCAUACCAUAUGGUGAUUAAUUGGAACACAAUGAACUAUUAAAAAAAUCGCUCGCAGUUUACUCGGUGAUGUUUCUUUCGAAAUCAUUGUAUGCCAUUUGCAACUCUUUAAUGGUCUGCACC